AUGAGGCGGCCGUCUCGCACAUCGACGCCUCCGGAGCCACGUCGAGUGCGGAUCCCUUUGGGACCGUCCUCGCCGCUUUCCUCGGCCACCGACAGCAUUUCGAUUCCGCUCGGAAGACACGAAUAUUCGCCGCGACGCCCACGCGAUUUCGAUGAGGAUUCUGUAAAUUCCGAAAAUUCAGAAGCCGAAGAGGUGCCGACGGAUGUGGUGGAUGAGGAGGAAAGUGAAGAGGAAAGUGAGAGCGAAAGUGAAGGAGAAGCGGUCAGACCGUCUCGCAGGGUGCUGCAGAAGGACUUGCUCUGCAUCGGAAAGGUUGAAGCCGAAAACAAUUCUUCGGCCACCAACAAUUCUGAAAACUUUUCAGGUCGAAUUCUGCAAAACAGUGCGUGAGAUCGGUGCGGAAACGGCGCAAAACGGACCGAUCGGCUUCUCGGGCGGUGCGAUGGACCUGCUGCAGACGGAAUCGGAGAAGAUGCUCGUCAAGAUGUUCACCGCGUCCGACAAGAUCGCCGAAGCGGCCGGCAGGCAAAAGCUGAAAGUGUCCGACGUGUACGCGGCUCGGCAAGUCGCGAAUCUCAUGAAGAAGUCGUCGCAUUGA